UCUAUAGAAACGUCGGUAAACCCGUCUAAAGUCUAGAGUCCCGUCUUUCGUCGCAUUACGCAUUUGUCUCAUCUGCCUGCAAUACCAAGGUUAACCAGGUCUCGCGUUUUGACAGAUCGAAAGAUAUACCACGUGAGAAUUGGUUCAUCGAAAAUUGUAAUUCUAAUUCGCAAAAAUGAAUAGACUUUUCGGACGUGGCAAGCCCAAAGAACCACCACCAAAUAUUACGGACUGUAUUGCAGGGGUUGACAGUAGAGCGGAUUCUGCAGAGAAAAAGAUAGCCAGAUUAGAUGCAGAGCUGAAAAAAUAUAAAGACCAGAUGGUCAAAAUGAGAGACGGGCCGGCUAAGAACGCGGUGAAGGCUAAAGCGUUACGUGUAUUGAAACAGCGGAAAAUGUACGAAGCCCAAGUGGAUAAUUUGCGCCAACAGGCAUUCAAUAUGGAGCAAGCCAACUACGCCACUCAAACGUUGAAAGAUACCCAGGCAACUGUAGUUGCUAUGAAAGAAGGUGUCAAACAAAUGCAAAAGGAAUUUAAACAUAUUAACAUUGAUCAAAUUGAAGAUUUACAGGAUGAUUUGGCAGAUAUGUUAGAACAAGCUGAUGAAGUUCAAGAAGCAAUGGGUCGUAGCUAUGGAAUGCCAGAAAUUGAUGAUGAUGAGCUUGCAGCAGAACUGGAAGCUCUUGGUGAUGACCUUGCUUUGGAUGAAGAUACUAGCUUCUUAGAUGAUGCUAUUAAAGCACCUAGUGCUCCAGAUAAAGAACCUGGAGCAGCUUCAAUUAAAAACAAGGAUGGUGUUCCAGUGGACGAAUUUGGCUUGCCACAAAUACCUGCUAGCUAAAAGCACAAAAAAUUUAUAGAUAAGAUAAUGUAAGUUUGAGAAUAUAUAUUUGCAUACACGCCCAAAGACACAAUUCUUUAACAACACAAGAUACGAGACGUGAAGCUUUUCUAAUAAAUAUUCCUGUUGCGAUAUAGAUAAUAUUUUAAAGCUUUGUUCGCAAAUUUACAUUGAAGAAGUUUGAUUCCAUAUUAAUUUUUGUUAUUAUUUUUAGUCUUAUUUUUAUUAAAUUAAUAUUAUGUUGUGUAUAUAUAGAUAUAAAAAACAAAUAGAUAUUGAUAAUAAAUACCAAAA